CAGUUUUCUGUUCUAACCGUUCCCGUGAAGAUGAUGUCGACGCACGUUACACCUGAUCCCCAUUCCGUUGCGUGUCUCACUCUCCUCAAAGUGCAACUUUAAGAAACAACAGAUUCGUUUUUUAAUUUUUCAUAAAAAACAAAAAAAAGAAGUUUCCAUUUACAAAAACAAGUAAAAUUGGAAAUGGAAUUUGACGGUGUUAUCUUCCAACUCAACUCCGUUAUUUGUAACCGACACAUUCAUCACCAUAAUGGAUCCCUUGAUCCGCAAGCUCCGGCGUCACCUUCUCCGUUGGCUUCACCGAUCUCGUUCCGGUUCGGUACUUUUUGUGAGAAGAAUUUCAUACAAGGAGGUUAGAAAAGCAACCGAUGGUUUUCAAAGAAUCGUUUUUAGCAAUUCUGAAAUUUCUGCGUACGCUGCGAAUUUUGGAGAGAGUGAUGGUGGUGUUUGUUUGGUGAAAGAAGUUAAAGAUUUUGAUAGAGGAAAUGAUGAUAAUUUCCAUAGACAAGUUCAGUUCCUGGGACGCUUGCAUCAUCGUCACCUUCUCUCACUCAAAGGCUUUUCUUUGAAACACAAUCACAAGAGCAAGAGACUGCUCAUAUUUGACAACAUAGAAAACGGAAGCUUAAAGGAGCAUCUAAAUGACCCCUUGAAGACUCCCUUAAAUUGGAGGACAAGGUUGCAGAUAGCUAAUGGUGUUGUGGCUGCACUGGAAUACUUAUUUCUUUUCAGUGAACCACCAGUAACUCAUGUCUCUAUCAGCUCUGGCAAUAUUAUGUUAGAUGAGAACUUCACCGCUAAACUAUCCGACUUUGGCCUUCAAACUGGUGGAAAAUCUGUCACACAAGAUUGCACUGGGCAGGAAAGUUGUAAGAUUAUAUUCCAACUUGGAGUACUCAUACUGGAACUUGUCACAGGUCAGUCUUCAGAGAUGGAAGGUUCUGAUUUAAUUGAAUGGAUUCAAGAAUCCAGAUUUUUCAGUUCAAUAGACAAAAUGCUAGACCCUGAUCUUGGAAACAGUUUUGACUGUACGGAGCUUAAAAGUCUUCUAGCUGUGGCAAAAUUAUGUAUCAAAUCAUGGGACAAGCCUUCAUAUACAGUUCCUCAGUUAUUUCGGUAUCUCCAAAAGAAGAUUAAUAUUCCCCAAGAUUAGGCCUGUUACUUACUUGUGUUGUUUGAAUGCCUUGCGUUGCUUGGGAGAUUCCUUAAAUGUUUGUGUGCGUGAAUACUUUUGCAAUUUUUGUCUCCGGGAGAGUCAAUUUCGUUAAUCUCGUGUGAAACGGAAUGAAGAGGAAAAUGCUAGUAAUAAACUAAUAUGUCUCUUUUUUUUUGUCUUUGAUGGAGUGUUUUCACAGCAAUUGCUGAUUACCCUGAUGAAUUGUUAGUCUUCGUUUCGGAUCAUUUUUACAACAGUCACUUUUUAGAAGAAAUAAUCACUUUUCACCUUUUUUA